AUGGACCCCGGCACCUGCGGCCCCAAGGCAGGAGCGAGCUGGGGAGACGCCGGGGCAGGUGACGGGCAGGAGGAGAGCCUGGAGAGGGAGGGCAUGUCGCCGAGCGGAGCAGGAGGGGACGCGUCCCCUGGGCAGGGGACGGAGCAGGAGCGUGGCGGCGGUGCCGGGGCGACACGGUCGUGCCCCAACACCUGCGAGGCCUGCGGGAAGAGCUUCAGCCUGCGCUCCAACCUGCUGACCCACCGCCGCAGCCACCUGGGCGAGCGGCCCUACGCCUGCCCCGAGUGCGGGCGCUGCUUCGGGCAGAGCUCCCACCUCCUCACCCACCAGCGGCUGCACACCGGCGAGCGGCCCUACCGCUGCCGUGACUGCGGCCGCAGCUUCAAUGUCAACUCGGACCUGGUGAAGCACCGGCGGACGCACACGGGCGAGCGGCCCUACCCCUGCCCCGAGUGCGGGCGCCGCUUCGGCAGCAGCUCCAACCUCACCCGGCACCAGCGGCUGCACACGGGCGAGCGGCCCUACCGCUGCCCCGACUGCGGCGAGAGCUUCCGGGACUGCCCCUCGCUCACCAUCCACCGGCGCGCCCACACCGGCGAGCGGCCCUACCCCUGCCCGGCAUGCGGCAAGGCCUUCGCCGACAGCUCGCUGCUGGCCAAGCACCAGCGCACGCACCGCGCCGAGAAGUCCUUCGCCUGCCCCGACUGUGGCAAGAGCUUCUCCACCAGCUCCUACCUGCUGCGGCACCGGCGCACCCACCUGCCCGAGAAGCCCUACCGCUGCGGGGAGUGCGGCCGGGGCUACAGCCAGUUCGCCCACCUCACCACCCACCAGCGGGUGCACACCGGCGAGCGGCCCUACGUCUGCCCCGAGUGCCGCAAGAGCUUCACCACCAGCUCGGCGCUCACCAAGCACAAACGCGUCCACACCGGCGAGCGGCCCUACGUCUGCCCUGACUGCGGCAAGAGCUUCACCCAGAGCUCCAACCUGCUGAUCCACCAGCGACUGCACACGGGGGAGAAGCCCUACAAGUGCCUGGACUGCGGGAAGAGCUUCACCCGCAGCUCGAACCGCAACGCCCACCAGCGCAUCCACAGCGGGGACAGGCCCUACAAGUGCCCCGACUGCGGGAAGAGCUUCGGCCAGAGCUCGGACCUGGCGAAGCACCAGCGGCUGCACGCCGGCGAGCGGCCCUACGCCUGCACCAAGUGCGGGAAGAGCUUCAGCUGGAGCUCGGACCUCGUCGUCCACCAGCGCAUCCACACCGGCGAGCGGCCCUACAAGUGCCCCCAGUGCGGGAAAAGCUUCAACCGCAGCUCCAACCUCAACACGCACCAGCGGACCCACCUGGGCGAGCGGCCCUACAAGUGCGCCGACUGCGGCAAGAGCUUCAGCUACAGCUCGGCCUUCCUCAAGCACCAGCGGACCCACACCGGGGAGAAGCCCUACCAGUGUGCCGGCUGCGGGAAGAGCUUCUUCGAGAGCUCGGCCCUGAUCCGCCACCAGCGCAUCCACACCGGGGAGACCCCCUACCAGUGCCCCCACUGUGGGAAGAGCUUCAAGCAGAGCUCGUCCCUCAUCACCCACCUGCGCACCCACACCGGGGAGAAGCCCUACAAGUGUGGCGACUGCGGCAAGAGCUUCAUCGUCAGCUCGGCCCUCAUCAGGCACCAGCGGAUCCACCUGGGAUAGGCGCCCGCCAUGCUCCUCCUCCGGGCGUCCGGCCCCACUGCUUUUGGGGGGCCGAGCUGGAGGCGGC